AUGCCUGAAAUCAUCGAGCCUCAAGUGAUCAAGUACAGUUUCCUUGACGAUUACAGCGAAGGCGCACAUCCACAACUUCUAAAUGCAUUAAUUGCCAGCAAUGAUGCCCAGCAGAGCGGAUAUGGCAACGAUGAGUACAGCGCAGAGGCAAGAACACAUAUCAGAAGACAUCUGAGAAACGACGAUGUGGGGGUCUUUUUCGUACCUUCUGGGACAAGUGCCAACGCCAUCUCCAUCGCAGCUUGUCUUCGACCACACGAAAGUGUCAUCGCGCCUUCGACUGGCCACAUUGUCACACGCGAAACAGGAGCUGUAGAAUCCGCCGGUCACAAAAUCAUCAAUGUCAUCCCAGAAGCAGGCAAACUCACUCCAGCUCUCAUCAAGAAAGCAUUGGCUGAAAAUUGGCAUUAUCCUCACAUGGCCAAGCCUCGAUUGGUAUACAUUUCCAACGCAACAGAAAUUGGAACAAUCUACACAAAGGACGAAUUUAAAGCCAUCAAACAAUUAUGCGAGCAACACGACUUACUUCUCUUCGUUGAUGGAGCUCGUAUCGGAACCGCACUAGCCAGCGACAAGAAUGACAUGAGCUGGAACGACGUCCUGGAAUUGACCGAUAUUUUCUGGAUCGGAGGCACAAAGAACGGAGCACUUCUCGGCGAAGCCAUCGUGGUCAAAGAUAAAGCGCUAGCUCGAGAUUUCGAGUUUUAUGUCAAACAACAUGGGUCACUCCUAGCGAAGGGCAGAAUCAUGGGCGCUCAAUUCGCGGAGCUGUUUCGUGAAGACUUAUAUUUUCAAUUGGCCCGACAGGCCAAUGUGGCUGCGAAUAAAUUGUCCAAAUCUAUUACUGAUGCUGGCUAUACUCUGCUGGCAGAGACAGAGACCAACCAAGUUUUUGCAAUCCUGCCGAGGCCAUUGGUGGAGAAACUGCGCAAGGAUUUUUCGUUCUAUUUGUGGGAGACUAGAGGCGAGGAUUGGGUUGUAGUGCGAUUGCUUACGACUUGGGCGACGGAUGGGUCGCAGUUGACGAAAUUUGGGAAUGCUUUGCUUGCUUAG